AUGUACAUGGGUCGUCCCUUGAUUCUUGCCGGCACGCCAAGCUCAUCGGCCUCUGUUGAGGGCAGCUCCGACUCAACCGUAGAUGCUGGUGCAAUGUUGUGCUUUGACUGCGUUCAGGCUGCUCUCCGAAUCGUCGAGCUAUGUCAAUUAUUACAGGACACGGUCGGUGUAGCACGAGUUUCGUAUACCGAAUUUAGCUCCUGCCGUGCGGCGCUCUUGGCCAUUAUCGCCCAGAGUUUGAACACACGAACGGAGCGGCUACGCGGAGCACUUACGCAAGGCAUGGGUCUGAUACGUCGGAUGUGUGUUGGCCUUCAGUCAGCUCGUUCAGAAGUAGCAGUUAUUGAGGCGCUUGAGCGCGCAGCACGGCGUUUGGACAGCCGAGCUGAAAAUGAAGACACAGCCACUGGCGAACAAGGCGUCGGAUACAACCAGUUUAGGCGCUGGGCUAUGCUAUGGCAAUCUGAGACUCCAUCCAAUGUGGGGGACGAACCCGAACCUAUUGGACUCGAGAAUGCGCAGUUGCCAACCGGAUUUUUUGACGGAUUCUUCUCUUCCUUUCCUCAGGAGCUUGGGGCUUUUGCAUCUUUCCCAGAAACAGGGAUGCAGUUUGGCGAAAGCUUGCCAACCAUGCUUUGGCCUGAUGACUUAUCACUACCAGCGUUCCCUCCAAACCCGGAUGCUCCCGUUUGA